AUGUCUAGGCCUGUUGAGAGAAUAGCAGAGAUCAACGAUGGAAAAGAGCUUUGGAAGAUUGUUGUUAGGAUUCACCACAGAUGGAAUAUUGUGUCUAACAACAAGGAACAUUUUGAAAUGAUCUUUGUUGACAAAUUGGGAGAUGAUAUUCAUGCUGUUGUUCCAGCACCACAUGUGUCGGUGUUCACCGAAAAAUGCCUAUUAGGGCAUACUUAUACUGUAUCUAAUUUUAAGGUGGUGCCUUAUGUUCUGGCGUUCAAGGCAUCAGGACACAAAUAUAUGCUGUGUGAAAUUAAUAUAUUUCUUUCAGAUGUCGUUGGAAUGGUGGAUAGUAUUGGUUAUGCACAGACUGAGUCGGGCGCAAAGAAGCAGCAAAUUAGCAUGAUGUUGCGUGACCACAGCAACAACAUGUUGAACUGUACUCUGUGGGAAUCAUACGCGGAUCAGUUCAUCAGGUUUAACAAAGUUAGGGUUGCUGUAUCACUCCCUACAGUUGUGUUGCUUCAGUAUGCCAAAGUGAAAGAAGAAGGAAAGUAUCCUCUGUCUGUGACAAACACCUACAAUGUGAUCCUUUUAUGUGUUGAUGUUGAUUUUCCUGUCAUGAAAGACUUUAUUGAUAGAAUGCCUGAGGAGAGCAGGGCUGUUGUUUUACCUAUUGCUGAGAUUAUUCAACUUACGGAUAUUACAUUUUGUGCUACUGUUUCUACAACAAAAUUAUUAGUCGCAUCUCCAUUUGGAUGGUACUAUCGUGCCUGUUAUAUGUGUCAAUCUAUAGCGUGUGGAGACAGCCCCCCAUUUCAGUGUGAAGCUGGUCAUGAAACCAUGGUUGAAGUCCUUAGGUAUAAGAUUGAGAUUGAGGUUACUCAUGGGGGAAAAAGCUGCAAUUUUGUGUUCUGGAACAGAGAAUGUGAAAUGCUCUUGGGUUUAUCUGCAUCCCAACAUCGUAACACUAUGAUUCAGGCUGGAAUUACUGAUCCAUUGGACUUCCCGUUAACACUUGAUCAGUUGUUGAAGUUGGAAAUGGCUAUGAAGGUUAAGUGGCAUCCACGCUGGAAGAAAUGUUCCGUCAUUAUGAUUAUAAAAAAUGAUCCUAUUAUCCAGCAACUUAAGGAAAAGUGGGGAACAUAUGAGGAACCUAUUCCAAUCCAAACUGUAAUACCUGAGACUCUAGAGAUUAAAGAGAGUGUUGAUGAGGCUAAAACAGAUGCCAAUGAAGACUGUGAAUUGGUUACGGACCUGGAAAGUACAUCUAAGCACAAGCCUGAUGCUAUCACACCUGCUGGUAAGAGGCAUUUUCCUGGUGCAUCAAGUGAAUCCACUAAUUUGGACGGAUUACAUGAUGGAGAACUGUCAUCAAACAAGCUGAAGAAGAUAAUUAAAAUGGAGAAGAUUGAUUAA